GUGUUUUUAUGUAAGGUUUUUGGCUUCUCCAUUUUCAAAGAGAAACCCUCUGGCUUACCAAAUGGAAGCAUGGGGCAUUUCCCUUUCCUUGGUGAAACUCUUGCUUAUCUCAAACCUCAUCAUUCUAACUCUCUUGGCUUCUUCUUGCAAGAUCAUUGCUCUAGGUAUGGGAAUGUGUUCAAGUCGCAUCUAUUUGGGUGUCCAACGGUGGUGUCGUGUGACAUCGAGCUAAACACGUUUAUCCUGCAAAACGAAGAAACGCUAUUCCGAAGCAGCUACCCGAAGCCAGUUCACGACAUCCUCGGGAAGCUGUCGAUGAUGCUGGUCUCCGGGGACCUCCACAAGAGGCUAAGGAGCGUCGCGCUUAGCUUCAUCAACGCCUCUAAGUCGAGCCCCGAGUUUCUAUCCUACGUCGAUACACUCUCCCUCUCCUUCAUCCACUCUUGGAGAGACACCACCCGGCUUGAGUUCUUUAAAGAAGCCAAAAAGCUAACUUUUUAUCUCAUGUUAAAAAAUCUAAUGAGCAUUGAGCCUGAUGAUCCCUUAGCUGAAAAUAUACUUGAAGAAUUCCUCACUUUCAUGAAAGGCUUUGUUUCUCUUCCGGUUUACAUCCCCGGGAAUGCUUAUUCAAAGGCUGUCAAGGCGAGGAGAAGGAUCUUAUCGACUUUGAAAGAUGCCAUAAAAAAUAGAGAGAAAAUAAUGGGAAAUGGAUCAAAUGUGAAAGGGGAUUUUCUAGAUGAAUUACUGCAAAAGGAUUGCUUAAAUGAUGAAGAAAAAGUGAGCGUUUUGUUGGACCUUUUGUUUGCUGGUUAUGAAACAACCUCAGGGCUUAUGGCCCUCGUUGUCUACUUUCUAGCCCAGGCCCCAUCUGCCCUUGAAAAGCUUCGGGAAGAACACCAAUCCCUAAGGGAAAGGAAGAAGGAAGGAGAGCCUUUGAAUUGGGAAGACUACAAGAAAAUGGAGUUUACUUCUCAUGUGAUUAGUGAAGCUCUGCGUUGUGGAAAUCUAGUGAAGUUUGUGCAUAGGAAAGCUCUGAAGGAUGUACACUUCAAAGAAUACACAAUUCCAGCAGGGUGGCAAGUCCUCCCCAUUAUUUUAGCUACACAUUUGGAUCCCAACCUCCACAAAAGUCCAUUGGAGUUUAACCCCUGGAGAUGGACUGACCCAGCCACCAACAGAAAAGUCACCCCUUUUGGUGGUGGAGUGAGAAUUUGUCCAGGUGCUGAAAUUGGUAAAUUGGAGACUGCAUUUUUCCUUCACCAUUUUGUUCUUAAUUUCAGGUGGAAAACUAAAGAAGAAGAUGGUCCUAUGUCAUGCCCUUACUUGGAUUUCAAAGGAGGCUUAGUUCUACAAAUAGAGCAAAUAAACUAGAUGCCACAAGCAAACAUAGGAAUUGUGGUGAUCAAUACAAGUAUAUAUAUUGUCAUAGAUACAUACAUAUACAACAACUAGAUCGAUCUACAAGCAAUAUUUCGACCUCCGCUAGCCAUUAUUUAUAACUUCAACAUAUAUUCUGUUAAUAUUUAUCAUAAA